AUGCCUAUCAUAGAAGCUUUCCUUAUGGUUCCUCAACUUAGAAAGUUUUUAAAGGAUUCUAUUUUGAACAAGUCAAGAGAACUACAAGGGAUGGUAGUCUUGAGCCAUGAGUGUAGUGCACUAAUUCAGAGAAUGACAAUCCCUAGGAAGCUAUCUUAUCCACGGAGCUUUACAUUGCCCUGCAUUAUUGGUCCUAUUAAGUUUUCCAGCUGUCUAUAUGAUCUUGGAGCAUCAGUGAGCUUAAUUCCUUUCUCAAUUUCAAAGAAGUUGGGGUUCACAGACUACAAGCCUGGAAGGAUAUCUUUAGUACUUGUUGAUAGAUCAUUUAGGCUCCCCAUUGGACUUCUUAAAGAUCUUCCUGUGAAGAUAGGUGAUUUUGAAGACCCAACUGACUUCAUUGUGCUUGAAAUGGAUGAAGAUCCUGUUGAUCCUCUCAUUUUGGGUAGACCAUUCCUUGCUACAGCAGGUGCCAUAAUUGAUGUGAGAGGAGGCAAGAUUGAGCUGCACCUUGGAUCAGAAUCUCUUACAUUUGACAUGAAUGAGAUGAUGAAGAAGCCAACAAUGGAAGGACAGGUCUUCUAUGUUGAAACAAUGGAUCAGUUGGCUGAUGAGCUAUUGGAAGAGCUGACACUAGAGGAUCCUCUUCAGGUCACCUUGACAAAAGAACCAGGGAGACAUGGGUUCUUGGCUGAAGAGAGUGAAGCCUACAAGAUGGUGUUGGAUCAGCACAAGGUAGCAGGUACAAAAACACAGUUUUUUAAGCUGGGGACAAGCGGCCAAGUGGAUCAGAGUAUCAGUGGAUUCAGUACAAGUCAGGGACCAGUUCAAGAGUGUAUGGCAGUGGGUUCACAAGCUGAGGAAGAGGCUAAACCGGCUGAGAACACCAGCAGCAAUGAAACUCAGGCUGAUCAAGAGAGCUUUGUGGGAGAUUGGGAUGAACACAAGCCUCUGUCUGUUGAGCUUAAGCCAUUCCCAAAAGAGCUCAGAAGAAUGCCUUUUGGUCUGUGUAAUGCUCCUGCCACCUUUCAAAGGUGUAUGAUGUCGAUUUUCUCUGACCUGAUAGAAGAGAAAAUUGAGGUGUUUAUGGACGAUUUUAGCGUCUAUGGACCCUCCUUCUCCUCUUGUUUUUCUAACUUGUCUCAGGUGCUAAGGAGAUGUGAGGAGACAAGCUUGGUGCUGAAUUGGAAGAAGUGCCAUUUCAUGGUGCAAGAAGGCAUUGUAUUGGGGCACCAGGUAUCUGAAGCUGGGAUAGAGGUUGACAAGGCCAAUUUGGAUGUCAUGGUUAACUUGGGGGCUCCAAAUUCAGUGAAAGGAGUCAGAAGCUUUUUGGGACAUGUUGGGUUCUACAGAAGGUUCAUUAAAGACUUUUCAAAGAUAGCAAGACCCUUGACAAGGCUUCUAUGUAAAGAUGUGGAGUUCCUCUUUGAUCAAGAAUGUCAUGAAGUUUUUAAGAAGAUCAAGCAAGCCCUGAUAAGUGCUCCCAUUGUUCAAGCACCAGACUGGAGCUUGCCAUUUGAUAUCAUGACUGAUGCAUUAGACUUUGCAGUUGGUGCUGUGCUGGGACAAAAGAAGGAUAAAAAGCUUCAUGUCAUCUACUAUGCUAGUAGGACUUUGGACAUAGCUCAGGAGAAAUAUGCCACCACUGAAAAGGAAAUGUUGGCUAUUGUUUAUGCCUUUCACAAAUUCAGAUAUUAUCUGGUGGGGUCAAAAGUGGUGGUGUAUACUGAUCAUGCAGCUUUGAGAUAUCUGAUGACAAAGAAGGAUGCCAAACCAAGGCUGUUGAGAUGGGUAUUGCUGCUCCAGGAAUUUGAUAUGGAAAUCAAAGACAAUAAAGGCAUAGAAAAUGGAGUACAUGAUCACCUGUCUAGACUCAGAGUGGAAGCUGAUGUCCCUCUUAAUGAUUCUCUCCCUGAAGAGCAGCUCAUGGCAAUGAAGCUUUUGAAUGAGUUAGAAAAACUCAAGUCCAUCAAAGAAGACAACCUCUACAGAAGUUGCUUAGCUGAGGAAGAAGUCCAAGGGGUUUUCCUAGAAUGUCAUGGAUCAGCUUAUGGAGGUCAUCAUGCUGCUUUCAAGACAGUGACUAAAGUACAUCAGUCAGUGGACUAUGUCUCCAAAUGGGUGGAAAGUAUAACAAGUCCAAAAAAUGACUCUAAAAUGGUGGUAAAGCUGUUUAAGACCAUCAUUUUCCCAAAGUUUAGAGUUCCUAUAGUGCGUAUAAGUGAUGGUGGAAGUUAUUUUCUGAACAAGACUUUGGAGAGACUUCUUAAGAAGUAUGGGGUAAAGCAUAAGAUAGCAAGUCCAUAUCACCCCCAAACAAGUGGCCAAGUGGAGGUUUCCAACAAGCAUGUCAAAGCCAUUCUUGAAAGGACUGUGAGCUCAUCUAGAAAAGACUGGUCCAAGAAAUUGGAUGAUGCACUAUGGGCUAAUAGAACUGCCUUCAAGACUCCCAUUGGAAACUCUCCUUUCAAUCUUCUAUAUGGGAAGAGUUGCCAUCUGCCUGUUGAGCUGGAAUACAAGGCAUUAUGA